AUGAAGGAAUUUCUAUCAAAGAAGAGAAGGUUGCAAGAAGAUGAAACCGUGGCAUUAACAGAAGAAUGUAGUGCUAUUUUGCAGGAGAAACUUCCACCUAAACUUAAAGAUCUUGGAAGCUUUAGUAUCCCAUUUACUAUUGGAAGUAUAACCAUUGGUAAGGCUUUAUGUGAUUUAGGAGCUAGUAUCAAUCUGAUACCACUAUCCAUUAUGAAGAAGCUUGGUAUUGAUGAAGUUAAGUCAACUACAGUUUCUCUCCAAUUGGCAGACCGAUCAAUUAAACAUCUUUAUGGAGUGGUGGAGGAAGUAUUAGUCAAAGUGGAUAAAUUCAUUUUUCCAGUGGAUUUCAUAGUGUUGGACAUGGAUGAGGAUACGGAAGUACCUCUCAUUCUUGGAAAACCAUUUUUAGCAAUUGGAAGAGCUCUCAUUGAGGUUGAACAAGGAGAGUUAAUGUUGAGAGUGUAA